GGGGCAUACCCUCGUGUCUUACGAAGUUUGACGGUCUUAUUUCGACCAUUGUGUAGAUCACAGUUGUUUCAAUUUUCUACGGAUGUCAGUGGACAGUCUGUUCGCAGUUGUGAUUUUUACAUUGCUGGUAGAAUCUAGAUUUACUUGACUCUUUUUGUAGAGACUGCAGGUCAACAAAGUCUAUGCGUUACUGUGCUAAAGUAGAUGGUGUACUUAAUAAUAGGUGAUUAUAGGUCUACGUAAAAAAAAAAACAACUUUGAAUUAACAUAGAUUCAUACUUUUUUUUUUCAAUAUAGAUCUAGAUUUUAAAGAAAAAUCGUUCAUGAAACUAAUUGCAUUCAAUUACAAUCGAUGCCCUACAUUUGUAUUGAGUUCUUGUUUUAUAACAUCUGAUUAUUUGCACCAAAGAAGUGUGUAAUGAAUAGUUGACUUUGAUUUUCUAGGUCAGUGUUGUUGACUAAUUAAUGGUCACCUUCACGUGGAAGUAUUCUGUGUCAUGUGACUUGUAAUUAAUCAUUAAUGAAGAUGGUUUUGUCCAGACAGAAAAUAGCUCGUGGGUAGAUGACAAUAGAGCACAUGUGUAGUGAUCAGAUCAAAGACCAUCAGAAAAAUGUGUUAACCGCUGUCCAAUUUAAGCUGACAUUUUAAAUCAACUUACAUCAUUUGAAACUUAACAUCAGUUAGCAUGGCACCAAUAGAGAUAAACGGACUAAGCAAUUUGAUCAAGUGAAUCACUUUCAGUGGCUUAUUGAGAAAUAAAUAUAUGAAAAUGUCAAACUUUUGUUCGACACGACCAGUGGCCAGUCGAGAUCAAUGGCUCGUUGCAACGUCACAGGUUUGCAGCCAGGCCUACUGUAACAAUUGAGUCUCCAUCAAACACGCAUUAAACAAAUGACGUCUUGUGGCCUCCUCAUCGUGUAUGGUACUCAAGAGUAGGAAACACUUGCGCACUUCGCAGCAUGUCAUCCUUGUCAACCCAUAUUCAACAAAUACACCGAUCGCGUCCUCCCUGCUUGCACACAUCGAAACAUGUUGAAUUUCCUGGACAUCUACACUCUGUCUCAUGAGCCAAGUAAACUGUUUAGAUUGUGGGCAGUCACGUGUCUCAUGAGCCAAGUAAACUGUUUAGAUUGUGGUCAGUCACGUGUCUCAUGAGCCAAGUAAACUGUUUAGAUUGUGGUCAGUCACGUGUCUCAUGAGCCUAGUAAACUGUUUAGAUUGUGGGCAGUCACGUGUCUCAUGAGCCAAGUAAACUGUUUAGAUUGUGGGCAGUCACGGGCAGCUGUAACAUUUUUUUCCAAGGUGUACUUCUUGCUUCUACUUUUUGCUCCAUCCUAGUCACGUUGGGCAUUGACCCGUGACUAUUUCAUACUAAAAUUGGUCAUGCAUAACGCACCCCCCUUUUCUGUAUGACUUUGAGUGCUUCUGACAAUGAAAAAUCUCUGCUAUGCAACAUUUUUUUUUUUCAUUUUAAGACACCCACCUCCCCAUGGAAAUUAUCUGCGUAACGAUUACCUAAAUAUAUGUGUGUAUGCCUUUCAUUCAUUCGCUUUGGCCUACUAGUGUAUGAGUACUAUAGCCUGCUUGUUAUGAGGUGCUAUAUUACACGUAACUAAGACUCUUGUCAUCGGUUUCAUCAGAUUUCAGAUUACUGUUUAAUAUUCGUUUUAAUAUUUUAGACUAGAUUUGUUGUAUCGAUUUUUUAUAUUACUGAUUCAGAUUGUCAGCCAUUUUUUUUUUUGGUUAUAGAUCAAUAGGUAAUUGGAAGAUUUUAUCUUGCUUUUAUGCUAUGAGAGAGAGAAAAAAAAUUCUCUUGAAGCUUAUCUGAUAAGUAUAAUUGUGAUUAAAAGAAAUGCUGGCUAAACACAAUCAUUGGCAUUGUUAUACUUACAGAGUCGUUUUGUAUUGAACUGUCAUUCUUGAUUGGAAAGGGAUAUUGUUCAGUGAUCUUGUGAUAUACUUGCUUUUUUAAUUAGAGUGGUUUGAUUUGUGCAGUAAUUGUCAUAGACGGAGGAGAUGAAUGGUUGUGUUGCCAACUAGUAUUAACUACAGUAUUGCAUCGAAUCUUAAACUUUUAGUAACAAUAAAAGACGUCAGCGAGUCAAGCCCUAGCCGCCAGAAGUGUGCUGCCACCUUAGCAGUUCUCGAGAAGCUCACAUUGACGCCUGCUUCUCUUGCGUCAUCAGACAAUAGAGAGCGGGUCCUUUAUAUCACCAUCGAUUAUUGAUUGAUUGAUUGAUUGACAGAGCCUGGUUUCUUUAUGCAGUUCUCCACAUUAGACCUGACCAGGAGGAGUUCACUUGUGGCAUGCACCACGCAUACCUAACCAUAGCAUCUGCAGUUGGUUGUUUGUUGUUUUCUCAAAAAGAAUUGGAUAUGUGACUCGAACAAUUUCACGAAAUGAAAAAUAUCCACAAAUACUUUUUCCCAUUCUAAAUAAAAUAGCCAUGGAUACUUGAUAUUAUCAUAAAGAAAAUAUCAUUGGAUACCGUUACUUGAUAUCAUCAUUAAGAUAUUUGCAUUGAUUCUUUAAAAAAAUAAAAAUAUUCAAGGAUACUUUGCAAGUGCAAGAGAGCAAACUCGUACAUUUUUAUUUUUAAAAAAAAUGUCUGCUGCCGGCACUUCCCCGCCCAACGUCACUGCCAUGACUCAGAGCUUCUCAACUACAUCCCAUAAUUUCACAUUUAAUUUUACAACUCACAACUCGACCAACAACUUGACCAAUGUGACUGCGCAGAAAAUGUCCACCAGUGACAAGGACCUUCAGGACUUCAUGAUAGGUCUGUGCCUCGCCAUAGCGUCUUCUAUAUUCAUUGGGACAAGCUUCAUCCUGAAAAAGUUGGGGUUGCUGCGCUAUGCCAGGAAAGAGGCCAUGCGAGCUGGCCAAGGUGGCUAUGGUUAUCUCAAAGAAUGGAUGUGGUGGACUGGGAUGAUUCUUAUGACUUCUGGAGAAUGUGCCAACUUUGCUGCAUAUGCUUUUGCCCCAGCAACAUUAGUCACUCCACUGGGGGCUUUGAGUGUUAUAGUCAGUGCUGUACUGUCAGCUCGUAUACUGAAAGAAAAACUCAACAUACUUGGUAAAGUGGGCUGUGUGCUCUGUGUCCUAGGCUCUACUAUGAUGGUCAUUCACUCCCCAAAAGAACAGGAAAUACACAGUGUCUAUGACAUGAUGAUGAAAAUGAAAGAACCUGCAUUUAUUGUCUUUGGAGCUAUUCUACUCAUUGUUGCAAUUGUGUCUAUAGUCUACUUUGCACCAAAAUAUGGUCAGAAAAAUGUACUUGUCUAUGUAACAAUAUGCUCAUCAUUAGGCUGCUUCACAGUCAUGGGCUGCAAAGGAGUUGGGACAGCCAUCAAUGCCACUCUUCGAGGCAACAACGAAUUCACCAAUUGGAUGACCUACUUUCUCAUCGGGGUCAUCGUUGUCUGUAUUCUGCUCCAGUUGAACUACUUAAACAGGGCUCUCGAUACAUUUAACACCGCUGUGGUGACUCCCAUCUACUACGUUUUCUUCACCUCUUUUGUCAUCACCGGCUCAGCCAUUUUGUUUCAAGAAUUUGAAAAAAUGCCAGCUCUGGACAUUGUUGGAGACCUCUGUGGCUUUCUGGUCAUAGUUGUUGGAAUAUUUUUACUCAACGCCUUCAAAGACAUGAAAAUUUCUUGGAGGAAUUUGCCCAAAGCUGCUAAAGAACCUGAAAUUCCAGAAACAGACUCUGUAGGCAGUACUGGCGUCACCAAUUCCACCUUUGCUGACAUUCGAGAAAUCGAAGCUCGCAUUUCAAGGAACAUGUCUGCCGAUUGUAUUACUAGAACAAUAUCUGAGGAGUCUGACUCUAAUGAAAAUGAGUAUUCCACUGACAAACAUAAUGGCAGUAGUCCCAUUCAUGAAAUUUGAUAUGUGUAGUCUAUGUAAUAGCUGUCUUGUGAUCAUUCCUGUUUACCUGUUAAUGUAAUCAUUCCGGUGCAAAACAUUCUUAACAUUGACCACAUAUUUCUACUGUGUACAUUGGUUUUUGUGAUAGGCACGCAACUUAAUAGUCUCCACAUUUGGUGCAAAACUUACUGUGAAAUUUAUACAUAGAGCUGUUGCAGGAUAUCCUUUGUGUCCUAGUUGUUCUUAAGGUUUUAGAAAAUAUGCAUUGUAGUAGUUUAUGUUAAUCAUGUUUGAGUUAGUGUUUUUAUCAUUUCAUGAAGUAAUCUCUUUUGUUAUAGACUUUAUUUUUUAUCUCAGUGAUAAAGUGUAGGUGUAUUUUAAUUUUUGUUUCACUUACAUUUUGAAAAUUUGAAUCUUUUUUUGUAACUUUUCAUUAUCCUGUCGAGCUGAAAUUUCACUCAUAAACAUGUGAUGUACGACUACAUAUUUUAUUAAAAUUUCAGAAAGAUUACUUGAUUUAAUAAAAACUAAUUUUUUUAUACAUUAUAUGGGGAAAAAGUAAAAAAUUGGAAACCAUUUUAUUUUAUGAUUCAUAUAGAUGUUACAAAUUGGAAACCAUUUUAUUUUAUGAUUCAUAUAGAUGUUACUUAUAAGUCUGGAUCUAUGUAUUAAUGACAGUUUGUUGUAUGACCAGUUAGUUAAUUUGUUUAGAGCAUCAUGCUAAUAUAUGAAUGUUGUGGGUUUUAUUUUCAUACUGACCCAUUUCUUUGUCUUUUUCAGUUAUAUCAAAAGGAAAAUUGAAAAUCCAAGGAAAAGAUUUGCUUUACCACUAUUGUGUUGUGAUAUUUAUUAUAUCAAUUAAUUUGAAUUGUUACAAAGUUAUGACAAAGUUUAAAUAUAAAUGUUCAGUUUACUAUAUUAACUGAACAUAAAGUAGGAAUUAAUUUAUUAAAAUUUUGUUCCAUAUUAUUGAUCACUACUCACUAAUAGUUGUUGUUAUUGGGGUGAUGGUGACUUUGAGAAUCUGUAUUCAUGAAAGAAGCUGCAAUCACUGGGCUUAGUAAUUAUCUCAACAAAAAUCUUUGAGUAACUUAAUCAACUGUUAAUCUAUCAACUUGGAGCCUAUUGUUUGUUUUAUUAUACUAGUGGCGCCAUGGACUACUUAAGAAUGAGUGCAAAUGUUCAGAAGUUUGUUUUAAUUUGGUAAAGACUACUAAAAUGUGUAGUGCAAACAUAUCAUUGUUACCCUAAACUUGUGGGACAUUUCUAAAUCAUCUGAGUUCCUAAUGAUCACUUACUUGCACAUAUCCUAUUGAUACAAUACCAGCUUUACAUUGCAUACCCUCUGGCUGGAAAUUGUACAUUGCAUACCCUCAGCCUUAAGUUUAAUCUUAAAUACAAUACCAGCUUUACAUUGCAUGCCCUCUGGCUGGAAAAUACCAGCUUUACAUUGCAUACCUUCAGUCUUAAGUUUAAUCUUAAAUACAAUACCAGCUUUACAAUACAUGCCCUGUGGCUGUACAUGGUAAAUUACUAACCAACUUACAAAAAAAUGAAAAGAAUGGUCCAUGUCCAUUGUCAGAUUGGACAUUUAUACUUAUCAACGCACUGACCAUUGACACUGGAAAUGUUUUUUUUUGUCAUUUCACUAAGGCAGGGAGCUCAACUAAAUGACAAAUACAGAUUCAUUUAAAAGAUUGCAUGUAAUAAAAAUGUAAUAAAAAUAUGGUUGUUUAGUGUGUAAAUAAUCUUGCAUUGUUAGAAUAUUUAUUCAGUGGGGUAUUUUGUAAACUAGCAUGUUGGUUAACUUAUGUAAGAUCUUAUCAUGACACAUUAUUUAUGCAUUUAACUAUAUAUUUAUGUUAUAUUGGGUAGUUUACUCUGUAAUGUACAUGAUGUUGAGACACAAAAUUGCCUGGGCAGAUAUUCUGGAUAUUCAAUAACUACAUGAUGAGAAAUAUUUACAGCACCAAAAGUUACACUUUGUUUCUUUCUUACUAAACCUAGAAUACUGUCACUCCUUCUUAAGACUUGUAGCUUUAAAACGCUCGUACAGAAGACAUUUUGUCUGGUCUUCAAAUAUGCCCUACAAUUAUUUUUGCUACACUUGAAGUCCCAUUGUUAAUAAUUAUUUUGAAAUAGAAUUUAUUUCUUAUCUACACAUACAGAUAGUUUAUUCUUGUAUGUGUGAUAUGUAAAAUUAAACAUAAAAAUUAAUCAACAAUAAAUAAAUAUCAUCAUUGUUCUUGUUUAUGUAAUGUAAUUAUGUAGCAAAGUUUUGUGGAAAAAAAAGUAUUUUAAACCAAUUUUUGUGUUUAUCAUAAAAAAAUAUUCAGCAGCUUCCCCACUCCCUCCCCCUCUUCCCAUCACCAAAGCAUCAUGACUUUGUGGUCAAAUCGUAUAUGACGCAUUCCGGAAAAUCUCUGAAGAUAAAAAAGAAAUUGAAUAAAUAAAAGACUAUGCUAUAUUAAAAAUCAAAUUGUAUAAAUGUACAUUCCAUGCACACAAUAAAGUAUGGACAUCAAAAUGUUCAUUGCAUCUUGGUUAAUAAUGCUUAUGACACAUCAACAUAAAGUAGGUCUUUAAGUACCUUUAUUUUGUUACUUUCAUAAAUGACAAAAGUUACCAAAAUCACAAUAUUUGUGAAUAUUUUUUAAAAAUGUUGUGUAUAUCAUUUUACAAACAAGAGGUACUUCAAAAGUAAAAGUCAAGUUCCACUUUCAGACCUUGUGAUCUAUAGGGCAGUUGAGGUAAA